AAUAAACCAUGAACGGCGAAGAAAGCCCACCGGAAAGUAGUAGCCUACGCCAUUGACCGAUCGAUCGUUCGUUUUCUCUCCGCCUCUUUCCUUCGCUCCCCCUCUUUGAAAUUUUCUCCUCUCCUUCGGUUCUCCGCUCGCGAUUCCUUCUGUUCUCUCUAUAAAAACCCAGCGCUCCUCCUCUUCUCGAUCGACUCAUCCCAAUCCCAAUCCCAAUUGGAAUCCUCCUCUGUUUCGGUUUCGUCUUCUUCUCGAUCGGUAUAUGUACGAGGCACUGGUAGGUUGGAAUUUGUGUAGAUAGACCGGGAGAGAUAUCGAGGAGGAGGAGGGGGAUGGCGAAACUCUACGUUCAGGCGGUGCAGCCGGUGGAUCUGAACAAGAAUACGGAGUGGUUCACGUAUCCCGGGGUGUGGACGACCUACAUCCUUAUCCUCUUCUUCUCAUGGCUCCUUGUGCUAUCGAUCUUCGGCUGCACCCCUGGGAUGGCCUGGACCAUAGUCAAUCUGUUCCACUUUGCGAUCACCUAUCAAUUUUUCCAUUGGAAGAAGGGAACUCCCUUUGCUGAUGAUCAGGGUAUUUACAAUACUUUGACUUGGUGGGAGCAGAUGGACAAUGGCAAGCAGCUUACACGUAAUCGGAAGUUUUUGACUGUCGUACCUGUGGUUCUGUACUUGAUAGCCUCACACACAACGGAUUACCGGCAUCCGAUGCUUUUCCUCAACACGCUUGCAGUGAUUGUGUUGGUUGUCGCCAAAUUGCCUAACAUGCACAAGGUCCGUAUAUUUGGAAUCAAUGCAGGAAAUUGAGCGGUGGUGCUCGAAAGUUAUCACCAUAGCUAUAUUUUUGUCGACUGCAUCGGGCUCAGCAUGGACUAGCAAGUAGCCUCAAGUCUUUGCGCAGAUGGUUUGCAAUCUCUGUACAGAAAGCACUUGGAGAAACUAAAAAUGUUGGUUAUGCUGUGUCUGAUAACUGAAAGCUGUCUGUAGAUUAUCUUUCAUUUUGCAAUUUGUUUUCCAUAAGAAUCAGUAUGCAGGGUGUUAUGUACAGUUCCCCUGUUUGUCGUGCUACUUUUUUUAAUCUACAGCCAUUUCUGGGCAUUUUGCGUGAUGAAACAAUAGUGGUGCACCAUUUUUUUUUC